CCCAUUUUUAGUUUUUUUAUAGUCAUUACUAUGUCAUUGUUUAAAUUUAAAAGAGGAUGAUUGUUAUAUUAACCAUCAAGUUUGGAACGGUUGCGCGUUGAUACUCAGUGACCCAUGGCCGCUACGACAACGACCAUUGGAGCUCUAUGGAGUUUAAGAAUAGCAUCUCAGUUUUCCAGUUUCCGAAGACCCCUUCCCGUUAAUCUCAAUAGGCUCUACUUUCACGAGACCCGGUUUCCCUCUUCUCCUCUGGGCACCUCAGGAAUAUGCCAAUUAGUGCAAGCUGUAAAGGGAGAUAUUGAUGUUUUACUCAAUGGAGUUGGAGAUAAAGGUGUUAUUGUAGACGUGAAACAAAUUCUUGUGAUGGCUAAACGUUCAUUAUCAAGACGAGAAGUUCUCCAUACAAACUUUCUUACCCCACCUGUGGUGAAAGAGUCAAUGCUAGCUAUUCAAAAAUUAGCUGACGUGAAAGCAAUAGCUCAGGGAGGAUACCCAGAGGCAGAGCGCUGCCGGAUUUCUGUUGGUCACUCAGAUGAACUAACAAGUGAUCCAGACAUAAUUUCAGCAUUGAGUAUCACAGGAAAUUUUACGUUUCACCCUUGUUCACAUGGGGACUUCCUUGGAUCAAUUCUUGGUACUGGCAUUGCUAGAGAAAAGCUUGGUGAUAUCAUAAUCCAGGAAGAAACGGGAGCUCAAGUAGUCAUUGUUCCAGAACUUGUUGACUUCCUGAUAUCAUCACUGCGCAAGGUUGGCAAUGUCACAGUUUCUUGUACGAGGAUUCCAUUGACAGCUCUUGAAUAUGAACCACCGAAGACUAAGACAUUUAAAACCAUUGAGGCAUCUCUUAGGGUGGAUGCUUUAGCAAGUGCUGGAUUCAAGAUUUCACGAUCUAAACUAGUGGAUUUAAUCAGUAGCGGGGAUGUUCGUGUCAAUUGGACGCCAAUUACAAAAAAUGGAACCAUUUUAAAGACUGGUGAUAUUGUUUCUGUUAGUGGCAAAGGGAGACUAAAGAUUGGAGAAAUAAAUUCAACAAAAAAGGGAAAAUUUGCUGUUGAGCUUAUCAGAUAUGUGUAAGCUCUAGAGAUACUGUCAGUUCAUAAGACGUCACAGGAGCCUCUUUGUCGGGGUGAAAUCAGGAUUGUUUCCUUAGGAAUAACUGAAGUAAGUCAACAUGACAUUAAUCUGAUUGUAUAUGUGAAAAUACAAACACCCAUUCAUCCAUUCUUAAAAUUUUCAUCGGGAAAAUCUGUCUCAGCAUUUCAAUGCCAGUGCUUUAUAGUUCUUUUGUUUC